UGCCAAUUAUCAUACCCACGACACCAAAAUACAUGGCACCAGACUACCAGUAUUUACUCGUGGCGGUCCACAAAAGGUAGGAUCUAAAUAAUUGCUGGCAUGCUUACUAGAAGUAGUACCAAAAUAUCAAUUGAUCACGAGUCACAACGCAUGCACAUUCACAUAUCAUCUCAACAUCCUUCUUUAAUGCUAAGUUUAAAAGUAAAACUAUUGUGCAGUGCUUCUCUGGUCCUUACCAUUAUUUUCAUAAGCCUAACAUAAAUUGUUAAAGCCCCCCGACUUGUUUGUGGCGCGAUAAUGGGUCGUGUGUUGGUGGCUGUAGUGGUGGUAGUGACGGUGGUGGUGUUUUUUAGCACCAGUUUAGGUGAAUGCAAAUGUGAAAUAAAGGGUAUAUUCAACUUUGGAGACUCUAAUACUGAUACAGGAGGUUUCUUUGCUGCAUUUCCAUCUGAAAGAGGACCGUUUGGGAUGACUUUUUUCAAGAAACCUGUUGGUAGAGCUUCUGAUGGAAGGGUCAUUGUUGAUUUCUUAGCCAUCGGAAUACCAUUUGUAAGCCCGUACUUGAAGGCGAUUGGAGCUGAUUUCAGACAUGGAGCAAACUUUGCAACAGCAGCAUCUACUGUAAGGCUGCCCAACACUUCCUUGUUUGUCACUGGUGUCAGCCCCUUCUCUUUGGCCAUUCAACUUAACCAAUUGAAGGAGUUACAAUCCAAAGUUCAUGACAAUGUAUCAACCCCUCUUCCUUCUGUGAGCACAUUUGGUAAAGCACUAUACACAUUCUACAUUGGCCAAAAUGACUUUACUGGAAAUUUAGCAUACAUUGGUAUCAGUGGAGUGAAGCAGUACUUACCUCAAGUGAUUUCCCAGAUUGCUUCUGCCAUCAAGGAAGUAUAUGGUAUAGGAGGAAGAACAUUUUGGGUGCUUAACCUUGCACCAAUUGGUUGCUACCCUGCAUUUUUGGUGGAGCUCCCACACGAAAGCUCGGAUAUCGACGAAUUUGGUUGCAUGAUCUCCUACAACAAUGCAGUGAGAGAUUACAAUGAGAUGCUAAAAAAGGCAAUCCAACAAACCAGGGCAGUUUUACCUGAUGCUUCCAUUAUUUAUGUGGAUACUCAUUCUGUGUUGCUUGACCUCUUCCAGCACCCUACAUCUUAUGGACUGAAGUAUGGAACUAGAGCAUGUUGUGGACAAGGGGGUGGAAAUUACAAUUUCAACCCCCAGGUAUUCUGUGGAAACACCAAGCUCAUCAACGGAAGUACAUUAACCGCGACAGCUUGUGAAGAUCCAAGCAAAUAUGUAAGUUGGGAUGGCAUACAUGCUACUGAAGCCGCCAACAAGAUUGUCACUUUAGCCAUUCUUAAUGGCUCUAAAUUCGAUCCUCCUUUCCUUCUUCACCGCGUCUGUGAUCUCCAGCGUAUCUGAUAAACUGCAGUCUGCAGUACCUAAACUGGCCUUUUCUUAGAUCAGUACUAGUUGACAUUAUUAGUAGUAAUAGUAGUUAUGUUUUAAUGAAUGAUACAAGGAAGAUUCGUCCUUGGAAGUUGUUGAUGGAGUUAAAUUAAAGGAUUUAAACAUGAUUAUUGUUUAUAUUAGUUUCACACCUUAAUUCAAAGUUGAUAAUGGACUAAGUGGACAAUAAUAUGCUUGUCUUUUGUUUUUAUUUUUCCA